GGAGGAGGAGGAGGAGGAGGCGUUGGGUACUUGGACAUACUGAGCACAGAGGAGUUUGAGUGUAAGAUCUGCUACUGCGCCUACAAUCUGAACAGCCGCCGUCCGAAAGCGCUCGAUUGCUGCCACCGUCUUUGCGCCAAAUGUCUCACCAAGAUCCUUGACCUUGGUGAGUCGCCUCCGAACGUUCUGGUGUGUCCGUUCUGCCGAUACGUCACCAGACUACCUGGGCAGGAAGUGAGCAGCCUGCCAGAUGAUUGCAACCUGUUGGCAGCGCUGUCUCACCGAAGCAGGAACCAGAGGAACCUCCACUUCCACCAGGAGGCGACGACAGAACUGCUCCUCAACCCCCGGCGCCUCAACUCUCUGAUGGGAAGUAAUCUACCCAUGACAUCCCCUUUCUCCUCCUCCUCUUUGUCCUCGUCUUCUUCUUCUUCUUCCUCCUCCACCACUUACUCCUCCAUACGAGGGUCCUCUAACUUUGUGGUGAUCACCAUCAUGGAGCCGCCGCCGCCAAUACCCACAUCCAACCGAGGAGAAGUCCACCAUCACGGAUCGGACUACCGCUCCUCCAGCGUGGACUCCAUGGCGUCCAUCACUCAGAGGUGGACGAUGUGGAAUUGUGCCGCCCUGCUUUGUCAAACCUCCGCCCGAGCUUUGGUGUGGGUUUUGGGGUUGCUGUACUUCAGCUCGCUGCCCAUGGUCUACCUGCUCAUCAUGCAGAAGACCACGGUCGGAGUCCUGCUGGUGAGCCUGGUUCCCGCCAGCCUGGUCAUAAUCAUGGUCUAUGGACUGUGCCAGUGUAUCUGCCACGAGCUGUGGGACUGCAUGCCUCCAUAAUGGGAAGCACAUGAAUGAAGGGAGUUUAAUGGGUUUGUGUUAGAAAAAUGUUACUCGUCACCGGCUUGAGCUUCAAUAUCAGGAUCCAUGUAUUUAUGAUCCUCUCAAGAAUGGAAGUAGUCAUCACAUAUAGAGCAUCAACUAGUUCCUGAACAGUGUCCUUCACAUGCUGAUAUCCAAGAGAGGGAGUUACACAGUCACAAGAUGGAGGAAUGCCGGGUCUUCUAGGUAUCACACAUUCUGUCAUGUUCAAAUAUUGAUUUUUUUUCUCAAAAUAUUGGCUUUUUUCUUAAAAUCUCAACAUUCUGACUUUUUCUCAAA